CGUUUCAGGGAUGGCGGACCGUGCGACCCUGGAGGAGGCCGUGAGGCUCCAAGGCGAGCGAGUGCGGGGUCUCAAGCAGCAGAAGGCGGGCGCUGAGCUGAUCGAGGAGGAGGUAGCCAAGCUCUUAAAGCUGAAGGCACAGUUGGGCCCUGAUGAAGGAAAACAGAAGUUUGUGCUUAAGACUCCAAAGGGCACAAGGGACUACAACCCUAGGCAGAUGGCUGUUCGGGAAAAGGUUUUUGAUGUGAUCAUCAGCUGCUUCAAGCGCCAUGGUGCAGAAGUAAUUGAUACUCCUGUGUUUGAAUUGAAGGAAACACUGACUGGAAAGUAUGGGGAGGACUCUAAACUCAUCUAUGACCUAAAGGAUCAGGGUGGUGAGCUGUUGGCCCUUCGUUAUGACCUCACUGUUCCUUUUGCUCGAUACUUGGCAAUGAAUAAAUUGACCAACAUUAAACGCUACCACAUUGCCAAGGUGUACCGACGAGAUAACCCUGCAAUGACUCGUGGUCGUUACCGGGAGUUCUACCAGUGUGAUUUUGACAUUGCUGGGCAGUUUGACCCUAUGAUCCCUGAUGCAGAAUGUCUGAAAAUCAUCUGUGAGAUCCUGAGUGCACUUCAGUUGGGGGACUUUGUUAUCAAGGUGAAUGACAGGCGAAUUCUGGAUGGGAUGUUCAAUGUCUGUGGGGUUCCUGACAGCAAGUUCCGUACCAUUUGCUCUUCAGUGGACAAGCUAGACAAGAUGUCAUGGGAAAAUGUGAAGAAUGAAAUGGUGGAAGAGAAAGGCCUGGCCUCUGAGGUGGCAGAUCAUAUUGGGGCUUAUGUCAAGCAGCAUGGUGGAGUGUCCCUAGUAGAGCAGCUACUGCAGGAUUCCAAACUCUCACAGAACAAGCAGGCCCUGGAGGGAUUGGGAGACCUGAAACUUCUGUUUGAGUAUCUGACCCUGUUUGGUAUUGCAGAGAAGGCUUCUGAGGAAAAACUUCGGACCACAGAGACCCAGGUGCUUGUGGCUGCAGCCCAAAAAAAACUCUUGGAGGAAAGGCUAAAGCUUGUUGCAGAACUGUGGGACAGGGGAAUUAAGGCUGAGCUACUAUACAAGAAGAACCCCAAACUGCUGACGCAGUUGCAGUACUGUGAGGAGACUGGUAUCCCACUAGUGGCCAUCAUUGGGGAGCAGGAGCUGAAGGAUGGUGUCAUCAAACUGCGCUGUGUGGCUAGCAGAGAAGAGGUGGACAUUCGGAAAGAAAACCUUGUAGAAGAAAUCAGGAAACGAACAAGCCAAUACCCUGCCACCAUCUGCUGAACUGAAGGAAGUCAGUGGAUAGUAGAAAUUGCACUACUUAGAAACUGGUCCAUCUUCUUCAGUUGCUUUGCACAAUCUAUUCCCAGAGGGAAGAAUUAGAGGGAGUGCAGAACUUAUUAAUACUUUAUUGUAAAAUCACUGGCAAGGGUAGUCGGCAUAUAACUUCAUUUUCUCAAAGAGGUUGCUUUCUGGCAUAUGAUAUGAACUGAAUCUUCCCAGGCUGUGUUGGCCCUGGGUGUCUCCCUCCCCCCCCAUCCCCCCCAGUGCAUUGUGUGCAGUGUCCCCAUGUUUAUGGUAGAAAAGCCUUGAUGCCAACAUUUUCCAUCAGUUUUGUGAAGCCAAUUACCUGUGGGUCCAAUAAAAUGCCUAAAACUUC